AUGGGAGGCCCCGCUGCGAAAGAAUACCCCGUGCAAUACUUUUGUGCUUCGGCGUUGGCCGCCACAGGAUGUUAUCCGCUUUGGAGAAGUGCCGCCAUUGGACAAUCGGGAUUCCGUGUGGCGGCCAUGCAUAUUGGAGGCGUAACCAUUCCUCCUACAUUGACGCCCUACGUCUAUGGCUUUUUGCCACCGUACAAGGGCAUGGUGGCCACUGUCGCUGGCAUGACGUAUGCUCGGGCCGCCAUUUUUUACUUUUCCGAUGUCGGACGUCAGCUCUUGUUGGACAAAGGAUACAGUGAAGCGACCGCUACCGUGGCACCUCCCUUGGUCAUGUCGACCAUUGUCCAACUGGUCAAUCAACCCAUUGUCCGUGCCACAGUGACACUCCAAGAUCCCGCCUACAAUCUCCCCAAUGUCGUUCAAUCUCUGAAGCAUUUGUACCGCAAUCACGGCGUGCAAGGACUCUGGCAUGGUACCACGGCCGGUGUCCUCAAGACGGUUCCCAAGUACUGUACCGCCAUUGCCGUCAAGGAUGCCAUGGAAGCACGUCUCCCUCACCCCGAUCCCUCCUCGCAAUCGUACGAAUCGGAGCGAUUGCUCCGCAGUGCCGUCAAAUCGAUUACGGCCGGAAUUGCCGGUGCCGCAUUGACCAAUCCUUUGGAUGUCAUUCGCAACGAACAGUUCAAGACACAUCAAGGUCUGGUUGCAACUACGACCAGUUUGUGGCGGGAAAUGGGACUCGGGUUCAUGACCCGUGGGUUGGGCAAAAACAUGAUUGCUGUUGCAUUGCCUGUCGGAUGUACCAUUUUCUUUACCGAUGCCUUUAUCCAAUACUCGCAGCAUUAUGAUCAUUAA